AAAUAAUAAUCACUCUAAUCAAUUAAACAUACAGUUUUAUAAAUUAUCUAAAAAUAAGUUACUCAUUACUUCUCCCUAAUUUAAUUCCUACUAUGAAAUAUGAUAUUAGUAUAUAAAUUGGGAGUAGAUAUAUAUUCAUUCUUUUAGAUUUGCCCGAAUCUUACAACCACAACCCCUAACACAUCUCUCUUGCUCUCUCUCUAACUUGGAAAACCCUAUAAAUAGAUAUCUUAGUCGUCCUUGGUAUCCCACACCACUACAAAUAUCUUUAUUUCCCUAAGCUCACUUUUAAACCCACAGUUGAUUAGAAAGAGAAAAUAACUUUAACCAAAAAAUGGAGAAUAUGGGAAGUAGAGUGAUAGAGCCAUUGAUAGUGGGAAGAGUGGUAGGAGAGGUUCUUGAUUUUUUCACUCAAACAAUUGAAAUGAACGUGAGUUACAACAAGAAGCAAGUCUGCAAUGGCCAUGAGCUUUUCCCUUCCUCUGUCUCCUCAAAGCCUAGGGUUGAGAUCCAUGGCGGUGAUCUCAGAUCUUUCUUCACCUUGGUGAUGAUAGACCCUGAUGUUCCAGGUCCUAGCGACCCCUUUUUAAAAGAACACCUGCAUUGGAUUGUGACAAACAUCCCCGGUACAACAGAUGCAACAUUUGGAAAAGAGGUGGUGAGCUAUGAGUUCCCAAGGCCAAAUAUAGGGAUACACAGGUUCGUGUUUGUUCUCUUCAAGCAGAAGCAAAGACAUGUUAUCGAUAUCUCCCCAAACAUUCCUUCGAGAGAUAAGUUCAAUACUCGCAAAUUUGCGAUCGAGCAUGAUCUUGGUCUCCCUGUCGCGGCUGUCUUCUUCAACGCACAGAGAGAAACCGCAGCUCGCAGACGUUAAUUAUGUUGAUGUCCGUCAUAUGCAAAAAUAAAUAAAAAACAUGAAGAAAAGGAUUUAAUUAAGAAAAUGUAACCAUGUUUAUUUAGGUUCUAUGUUUCCGUACUUUGAAUAAAGACUGGGUGACAAGGAUGAGUUGAAUU